GAACAGGCGCCGCUCGCGGUGCUCGGUUUCUAGUCGCUGAAAUGUCACUAUUGAAAGUCUAUCGCGGGAUCAGACCGCCUCAAUGGCUACUGCGGCAGCCCGUCCACCCAGAAGUGAAGCGGGCCGAUAGCCAGGCUCUUCUGCUCCAAAAAGGUGUGUAAGUCAUGGGUGACGCACUGACAAGGGUUCCAACCUCGAAAGAUGAAAAAAAAAAAAGCAUCAUGGACGUUUCGGGAGCAUGGCAAAGUCAGAAUGGGCGAGAAAAGCAAAGAGAUCGACGCGCCACGCAACGAAAAGGAAGAACAUGACAGCCCGCUCGCUUGUCUCGCCCGACAGAGCGUAAGAGGGCAAAGGGUGGGAACCCCCCCAAAAAGACCACCCUUUUUGGACGUGUUUGCAUGGGUACGUGCAAUGGUCCGUGGCUGGUGCCAAGCCGUCCUCCGUUGUUUCUUGAUUUUUUCUUUUUGUUUGUCUUGGAUUUUUGUGCGAACGACUGUGUGUGUGUGUGUGUGUGUGUGUUUGGAUACGUGCUUGCUUCUCCCUUGGUUGACCUUGGCCUGUCUACAAAAAGGGUGUGUUGUCUUUGAUGCGGAUCGCUGAUGGCGUUUGGCAGCAAUGUAAGACAGCGCCUGGCAGGGGUUUUCUGAGCGGAUGCGCUGCGGGAUCGCACGACCUAGCCUAUGAUAGGAGGCUUGAGAC